UCAAACAUCUCACCCCUUGUCCCUCUCUUUCUCCCUUCUUUCUCCUCUCAACUUCCUUUUCCUUUUGAAAUUAUCGCAUAAGAGAACAAAAGGCUCUCCCUUAAACUGGUAAGGUAUAUAAGCCACCCUUCAGAGCAAUUUGUCCAUCUUCUUCAAUUUCUUAGCAGAAUAUGUGGUGCAUUAGACCAUAGUCUUUGUCAUCGUUGCUUCCACAACAACUUGGUCCAACCUUUCCAAAUAUUCACAUAAGAGAACAAAAUCGCCCUACCUAGAAACUGAUAUGCUAUAUAAGCCAUCCUUUGGAGCAAUUAAUAUGUCCACUCUCUUCAAUUUAGCAGAAGGUGUUGUGUAUUAGACCAUAGUCUUUGUCAUUGUUGUUUUACCACAACACAGUUUAACCUUUGAGAAUCAGCAAUCUUCUCUUGUUAUAUAUCACACAUGGUGAUCAGAACAUCAUUAAGCUAUUGAAGAUCAGUGGCAGGGAUAAACUAGCAAUGAUAUGGCCUUCUUCCCAGCAAAUUUCAUGCUACAAACACCUCACCAAGAUGACCAUCAACCUCCACCUUCACUCAACUCAAUUAUAACUUCAUGUGCACCUCAAGAGUACCAUGGAGGAGCAUCCUUUCUUGGCAAGAGAUCUAUGUCAUUUUCAGGGAUUGAACUUGGAGAAGAAGCCAAUGCUGAGGAAGAUUUAUCUGAUGAUGGAUCACAGGCAGGAGAGAAGAAAAGGAGGCUUAACAUGGAACAAGUGAAGACACUUGAGAAGAGCUUUGAGUUGGGAAACAAGCUUGAACCUGAGAGGAAAAUGCAGCUGGCAAGGGCUCUUGGAUUGCAGCCUAGACAGAUUGCUAUAUGGUUCCAGAACAGAAGGGCUAGGUGGAAGACCAAGCAGUUGGAGAAGGACUAUGAUCUUCUCAAAAGACAAUAUGAAACUAUCAAGGCAGAUAAUGAUGCACUUCAAGCUCAGAACCAAAAACUGCAGACUGAGAUAUUGGCACUGAAAAGCAGAGAACCAACUGAAUCCAUCAACCUCAAUAAAGAAACUGAGGGAUCCAGCAGCAAUAGAAGUGAGAACAGCUCAGAAAUCAAGUUGGAUAUCUCAAGAACACCAGCUAUUGAUAGUCCUCUAUCCACUCAGCAGAACAGCAGAACUCUCUUUCCACCUUCUGCUAGACCAACAGGAGUGGCUCAGCUUUUCCAAACUACUCCAAGGCCAGAAAUUCAGUGCCAAAAGAUUGAUCACAUGGUCAAAGAAGAGAGCCUAAGCAACAUGUUUUGUGGCAUUGAUGAUCAAUCUGGCCUAUGGCCUUGGUUGGAGCAGCAGCAUUUCAAUUGAAAGAGUGAGAGAGGGAGUUUCAGAUUAUUGCAAUGUAGUUUUCCCUUUUCCGGAUGAAAAUGAAAUCAUCUAGAGCCUAGAGGGUGUCUUUGUCAAUUGAUCACCAUACUUAAUGAGUUAUUAUAUUAAAACCCAUGUUUUGGUAAACUUGAUGUAUAAAAUAGGAUAUGUCAAGUAGAAUUUUUCUGUUGGGGGCUUGAUAAUUUUUAUAUAAAAGAAUAAAGGGUGGGGUUAGUCACCUUUUUCUUUUCAGUUAAUUAAUAUGACUAGUUUUCUUGAAACUUUUAAGUAAUGGGUCAUGAAAUUUUUUUUCCAAUUAACUGUGAGACCGUGCUUGUUGGUGUCUGAUUGCAGAGGGGCCACUAAAAUAAAGGAAGAUUCUCUGCUUA